CUUUCCAUACCAAAAGCGACUUUCGUUGUUUUGCGUCAAGGUCACCCAUUAUCGGACCCUAAUCGAGCUGAUGUGGAUUCACCAUAUAGGCUUGGUAUAAGUGUCUUGAAUGGAAUCUCUGGCGUAUGGAUGCCAGUAGUUGUUGUUCCAGACAAUUACGAUGGUCCCGAAAUGCAUCUGAAUGCUAGGUGUGGUGAUGAAGUAGCUGAUUCUGCUCUCGUUGUAGAGUUCAAGAUCAAAUCGGAUAGCCGGAGGUUAAUGCCGAUGAGCCUCCGUGAUGUUGAAGAGCUUGCGGCAUUCGGGAGAUACGGUGGAUACAUGACCUCUAGAACGCUACAGGAUUGGGUUGUAAGUAGGCAACGGAGUUGGGGAACUCCAAUUCCGAUGAUUCUAAGUGCAGAUGGAAAGACGGCUGUGCCAAUAGCCGAUGAUAAGCUGCCUUUACCGCAAGGACAAAUGGCUGGCAAGAAGGUUGAUUGUGAUAGGCAAGUAUUAUUGCCGGAAGGUGAAGGAUUCUUCGAAACUGACACUUUGGACACCUUCUUUGAUUCUGCUUGGUUGGUGAGAUUAAAUCUGCAAGAAUUGGUCUGGGUUUCUAGGUUUCUCAAACAUUGUGUUGGUUCCCUGGACGUACUCAUUGUAGUGUUAUUAUGGCUUUGCUGCACCACCUCAUAA